CUUCCUCCCAUAUCCGGGUUGUGAACUAAUGACUGCCCCGGCAGUGGGAUAAGCUUGGCUACGUGUAAUUUGGAUGAAAAUGGCUGAUAGGAAAACCAACAAUGUGGCCAAUUCCAGCUCAAAUUUACUGUUUACUACGGCACCAGAGUUUAAUUUUAAUCUACCGUUCAUACCUGUCAGCCAGGCCACUGGUCCAGCCGUGUUAUCAGGAGAUGACUCAACAGAUGUAGGAGAAGAAGACAGCUUUCUUGGACAGACCUCUGGAAAUGCCCCCGCCCCUGCCACUUUUAACUACUUCUCUAAUACUGUCACCAGCAGUGACCCAUUUGCCUCCAUUGGGCAUCAGCCAUGCCCACCCCCAGCACUCUCAGUAGCCCCAUCAACAUCAGGUCCAAUCUCUGUACCCAGUGGUGCCAUGGUUCAAACUCCUGCACCUCAAACCAACCCUGUGCCACAGUUUGGUGGUGGGGUUUACCAGAACCCAAUGGGACGAUACACUCCUCCCCCUAGCACAGUGACCCCUCCUCCUCCCCAGCCCAGUCAACAAAGCUACAAUCCUUACCGCCACAACCCCAUCAGUAGCAGGGCGAAGCCCUAUGUUGCAGGGCCAGAGGUUCAGUCCCAGCCUUUUCCACCACAACAAAAUCCCUACUCUCUUGGCUCUCCAGCUCAAACGUUCCAAACGAUUCCCUCCACAUAUUCUAAGCCUCCUACCACACAGAUGCAGACGCCCCCUCUUGCCCCUACCACUUCUGGAGCAUUAGUCCCUGCCAACCCCAUGAUGCAAUACAACUACAAUGUCUACGAGCCUGUCCAGCCUCAUUGGUUCUUCUGCAAACAAGUGGAAUCUAAAAGUGUUUGGCUUCCCUUUAGUAUCCUCGACUCUAUUCAGCUGGAGGAGAUUUAUAACUCAGUCCAACCAGACCCUGAGAGCGUGAUAGUGUGCACGGACGGCGGUCGCUACGACGUGCAGCUGUAUGACCGCAUCCGGACUGCUGUCUACUGGGAGGAGGAGCCGACCGAGGUCCGGCGCUGCACCUGGUUCUACAAGGGAGACACAGACAGCCGCUUCAUUCCUUACUCAGAAGAGUUCAGCGACAAGCUAGAGGGAGAAUAUAAGAAAGCUGUGUCCACCAACCAGUGGCAUCGACGGCUGGAGUUCCCAUCUGGGGAAACCAUUGUCAUGCACAAUCCUAAGGUUAUAGUUCAGUUUCAACCCUCCGCUAUGCCGGAUGAGUGGGGCACGACCCAGGAUGGACAGACCAGACCUAGAGUUGUCAAGAGGGGCAUCGAUGAUGACCAUGAUGAAGUACCUGAUGGAGAGAUGCCACAGGUGGAUCAUCUUGUCUUCAUGGUCCAUGGUAUUGGUCCAGUGUGUGAUCUGAGGUUCAGGAGCAUGGUGGAGUGUGUGGACGAUUUCCGUAGUGUGUCCCUGAAGUUGUUGCAGAGUCACUUUAAGAAAGCCCAGGAUGAGCACGUCAUCAGCAGGGUGGAGUUCCUUCCUGUCCAGUGGCAUACAGCACUGCAUGGAGAUGCCACAGGGGUGGACAGGAGGAUAAAGAAGAUCACCCUGCCCAGUACUGGACGCUUGCGUCAUUUUACUAACGAGACUCUGUUAGACGUAUUGUUCUACAACAGCCCAACCUACUGCCAGACCAUAAUGGACACAGUUGCCCAGGAGAUUAACAGGAUUUAUGCCCUGUUCAUGCAGAGAAAUCCAGAUUUCAAAGGAGGUGUUUCAGUGUCUGGACACAGCUUGGGUUCUCUUAUACUAUUUGACUUGCUGUCUAAUCAGAAGAAUUGCUCACCCCUGCAAGGGAUGACAACCAUGCCCACCUCUAAUGGAGGCAUCCUGGUAGACAGACAACAGGUGUCUGGCCCCAUCUCCCAGGCUAAUAGUGCUGCUGUCCCACCUGCUGUGGAGGAGGUGCCUAAAGAAGAGUCAGAAGAGCUUGAAGAUCUCUCCACUGUGCUGGAGCACCUGGGGUUAUGUGACUACCAGAGUACCUUUGAACAGGAGAAGAUAGACAUUGAGUCUUUUCUGAUGUGUACAGUUGAUGAUCUUAAAGAGAUGGGCAUUCCCCUGGGACCACGGAAGAAAAUAGCCAAAUUUGUGAAGGAAAAAGCGAAUAAGCAGGCAGCACAAGAGAAGGAGGAAGUAAAGGUAGCCAGUCAGGAGGUUGUGCCCGCUCAAGUAGGGCCCCUCCCAGAACCGAGCGCUAUGAAGCUUCCUGUGCGCGGGACUGUCUCCUCCAUCCAUGUGGAUUACAACUACUUUGAAGUUGGCACUGGACAGGUAUCUGUGGUGUACCACUCUCUGGACUUUGAGCCAGAGAAUUUCUUUGCUUUGGGAUCUCCAAUAGGAAUGUUCCUGACAGUCCGAGGGCUGGAGAAGAUCGAAGAGACUUACCAGCUGCCCACGUGCAAAGGAUUCUUCAACAUCUACCAUCCGUUGGACCCAGUUGCAUACAGGAUGGAGCCCAUGAUAAUGCCAGACUUGGAUUUGAAGCCUGUUCUCAUCCCACAUCACAAAGGGAGAAAGAGACUUCAUCUUGAGCUGAAGGAAAGCCUGACUCGUAUGGGCUCAGACCUGAAGCACGGCUUCAUUAGCUCCCUGAAGAGUGCCUGGCAGACGCUUAAUGACUUUGCCCGGGCUCACACAUCUUCUGCCCAGCUACAGGCUGAACUAGCCAUGGUGGCCAAUCAGAUCAAAGAAGAGGAGGAGAAGCAGGUGCAGCAGGGGUUUGUCACAGAAUCCAAGAUGGGAGAGAGUCCUGAGCCCCUGCGGGAGGAGGAGCCACAGGUGAAGAUAGGAAUGUUGAACGCAGGAAAUCGCAUUGACUACGUUCUACAGGAGAAGCCAAUCGAAAGCUUCAACGAGUACCUGUUCGCCCUUCAGAGUCAUCUGUGCUACUGGGAGUCAGAGGACACAGCUCUUCUUAUUCUCAAAGAGAUCUACAAGACCAUGGGAAUACAGCCAGAACAUAUGCACUGAGGAAAUUGACUGGCUGGAGUGGAAAAUAAACCUGCAAAAAUUAAUCAGAAACCCCCCCUACAGCAUUGUGUUUAUUGCUCUUUGAUUUGAUACAUGAUUUUCUGUUAGUAUUCUUUUAUUUUCUAUACAUUUCUUGUAGUCAAUUGUAUUAUGAUGAAUACACUUGUAUUAUGCCAUUUGUCUUAAAUUAAGAAUUUCUUUAGACAGAUUAGUGGAUUCUAAGACCACUGGUUACAUUUUAUAGCUUAAAUUAUCGAACUGGUGAAGCUUGCUUGAGAUUUACUGCAAUGUACAGUAUAUGGAUCCAACUGAAACAUUGAGAGAAUUUAAACAAUUGUGUGACAGAAGAAAUUGAAAUACUACUAUACAUUUUAUGAUGUAAUAAGUCAAAAUAAAUAGUUUACUUUCA